AUGUAUCUGCAUAUCACUCUGUUACUCCCCGCCUUUUGGUCUGCUGUAGCUGCCCGGGAGUAUGAUUUUUGCUCAUGCCAAUACGACUCCAAUACACAAAUCUAUUUUGCCAUUACAGAUCUUAUUGCAGAAGACUGCGCUCAACCAUAUAUAUAUGGUCAAGCUAAUAAUGAACUCUGGAUCCCUGCGCCCAAUGGUUACGGACCUCGCUUCUCGGGUAGAUAUCUAAAACUACCAAAUGGAAAAAUUGAUGGAACGACCUUCUACAAUCUAUGCAAGUCCUAUGGCGCAGGAGAUAGUACUUGUUUUGAUUGUGGAGGUUUUCAAUGGAAUCCAGACCGCACCGUCAUGUGCAUUGGCUAG